CACAGGCCAACUCCCCCCACCCCCCCUUUCCACUCUUCGGUGAGGCUGAGCGAUCCCCCAUCCGAAGACAUCACAAGGUUUGUCCCCUGAUCCCUUCCCCCCUCCUCUGUCGUCUUCUGUCUCCUGUAGAAGAAGGAGAAAAGAAAAAAAUUCUCAUCUUGAGGUCCUUUUCUUCGUUGUUUCAGCGAGAAAAGAGGAGACCUCGGUGUCGUUUUUCUCUUCCUGUCUUAGGGAGGCAGAGGUUUCAUAACGGAGAUCCAGAGUUUUUUUUUCCUGGGUUUUUCUCAUCAUUUUUUUUUGGGAUUUUAGUCGACCUAGAGGGUUGUUUUUCUGUACCCUGUGGUCGCUUUUUCUUCAGAUUUUUCUCCUUCUCGUAGAUGCAAAAGAGGUCAGCUUUUUGAACUGAACCUCCACUCUGGAAGCCCAAUUGCCUGCUCUUUGAUUUUGUUUGAGAGCCGGGUUGGGCUGUUAGCUUCUCUCUUCUAUUGAUCUAUCUUGGUAAAAAGAUCAUCUUUUUCUUCUUCUUUUGGUUCCUCUUUUGUUUGGAGUGUUUGCUUAGAUCUUGCAUGGCUACAGCCAUAGAUAUGUACAAUAGAAAUCCAUUUACCACCGCAGAUCCCUUCGAUGAGGAGCUUAUGAAAGCACUCGAGCCUUUUAUGACAAGUGCUUCCGCCUCCUCCCUCUCCCACCCUCCUCCUCCUCCUCCUCCUCCCUCUUCCACCUCUUCUACCACUACUCUUACCUACUCAUAUCCUUCUCUCACUUCCACUCUUCCCCCGUCUACCUUCUCUUCUUCCCCCCGCUUCUCCAACCCCUCCUCUCUCCAAAAUCCAAACUUGGGUUGCUAUUCCCUGCAAAAUCCCACCGUUGGCGGUUACCUCUGUCAAGAUCCCGCCUUGGAUGCCUGCUCGCCUUCGCCGUCUGUCGCCGGGUCGGUACCGGAGCGCUUCUGUAGCUUGGACCGCCUUGGUGUCGGCAGCGUCGGCUGGGUCGGGCUCACCCAACUUAGCCCAGCUCAGAUCCAGCAGAUUCAAGCUCAAUUCCUCUUCCAGCAGCAGCAGAACCUCCUUGCCGUGAGACAAUUGCAGGCGAACCGCCACCACCACCACCAAGCUGCGAGCUUUCUCGGCCUGCGACCUCAGCUGAUGAAGCACACCGGUUCCCCCGCUGCCCCGAAGCCCACAAAGUUAUACCGCGGGGUGCGGCAGCGCCACUGGGGCAAGUGGGUGGCGGAGAUCCGUCUCCCCAAGAACCGGACGCGCCUCUGGCUUGGGACCUUCGACACCGCCGAGGAAGCCGCACUCGCCUACGACAAGGCCGCCUACAAGCUCCGCGGGGACUUCGCCAGGCUCAACUUCCCCAACCUCCGGCACGCCGCCGCCGCCGCCCCAGGUCCCCUUCUCUCCACCGUCGACGCCAAGCUCCAAGCCCUCUGCCAGGGCUUGGCCAAUUCCUCGAAAUCGAAAAAGAGGAGCAGCCCGCUGCCCAGCUCCACCCUCAAGCCCAUCACAGAGUCCGCUACAAUCGGCAGCGGCGAUCCGCCGCCAACGGUCACCAAGGAAGCCGCGCCCAAGGCGGGCUCAGAGGACAACAAGUCGGGGAGCUCGUCCGAGGGCGAAGACUCCUCUUGCUCCCCGCCAGUGCUUGAGAUGCAGCAUUUGGAUUUUACCGAGGCGCCGUGGGAUGAAUCGGAGACCUUUAUGUUGCAAAAACGCCCAUCAUGGGAGAUCGACUGGGACUCCAUUCUCUCUUCCAGCAGUUAGUAAGUAGCUCAGGACGCAGGUCUGGUAGUUACUGUUGUCUCCAGUGGCUGCUGCAAAUGGUAUUUUAGACAUUUGCUGAGCUUCUGUAGAGACUCUCUCUGUGGUCUUCAGUGUAAGAGUCCAUUCAAGGAUAAGGUUUUAGGUGUGGAGUAUGUUGUGGUUGUGUCUGAGACCUGCUGUUUUCUGCUGUUUGUUUUUUCCUCAGCAGAACCAGUGAGGAACAAUGUUGUAUUAUAGUCCUGUGUAGCUUGUAGUUAUCCAACCUGUUAUGUAAAAUUUGAUGUCUGCAGUCGUUGAAUUCA